AUGGAGGAUGAGGGCCAGCGGUUAAUGCAGGAGAAGCCGGAGAUGAGCGCGCUGGUGAAGAAGAAGAUGGAGGAGAUCCGUGAGUGCUGGCAGGAUCUGGAGAGCACCACCCAAGCCAAAGCCCGGCAGCUGUUCGAGGCCAACCGGGCCGACCUGCUGGUGCAGAGCUACUCCAACCUGGACCAGCGACUCGAGCAGCUUGAAGGACAGCUGGCAUAUGUGGACUACGGCCAGGACCUGACCACUGUCAACAAGCAGCUGAAGAAACUACAGACGAUGGAGUGUCAGAUGGAGGAGUGGUAUAAAGAGGUUGGAGAGCUGCAGGCCCAUGCGGCCUCCAUCCCUCAGCAGGGGCAGGUGGAAAAGGUCUCCGAGAAACAAGCCGGUGUGGAAACGCGAAUUGUACGACUGAUUGAGCCUCUGAAAGAGAGACGUCGUAUCCUGCUGGCCUCUAAAGAAGUGCACCAAGUGGGCCGUGACCUUGAGGAUGAAAUUCUGUGGAUACAAGAGCAUCUUCCAGUGGCCACUUCUCAGGAAUAUGGGACAAGUUUGCAAGCUGUACAGCAACUCAUGAAGAAGAAUCAAAGUCUGCAGAGGGAGCUUCAAGGUCAUCGUGGACGUGUGGAGGAUGUUCUGGAGAGAGCAGGUGUGAUCGCGUCCAUCCGCAGUCCAGAAGCAGACAGCAUCAGGGCUGGCAUGGAGCAGCUCCAUCAGCUGUGGGAGGCACUGUGGACCGAGACCGAGCACCGGCAGCUCCGGCUGGAUGUCAUGUACCAGGCGCAGCAGUACUACUUUGAUGCGGGAGAGGUGGAGGCCUGGCUCAGCGAGCAGGAACUGCACAUGAUGAAUGAGGAGACGGGAAAGGAUGAGGCCAGUACUCUGCAGUUGCUGAAGAAACAGCUGGCACUACAGCAGACCAUAGAGGACUAUGCCGAGACCAUCGGAAUGCUUUCACAGCAGUGCAGACAGCUGCUGGAGCUCGGACAUCCAGACUGUGAGCAGAUCAGUAAGCAUCAGUCUCAGAUCGACAGGCUGUACGUGUCUCUGAAGGACCUGGCGGAAGAGAGGAAGUCCCGUCUGGAGCAGCAGUACUGGCUCUAUCAGCUCAACAGGGAGGUGGAUGAACUUGAGCAGUGGAUAGCAGAGAGGGAGGUCAUCGCCAGCUCCACUGAGCUCGGACAGGACUUCGAGCAUGUCACGAUUCUGCAGGAGAAAUUCACAGAGUUUGCAUCGGAGACUGGGAGCCUGGGGCAGGAGAGGGUCACAGCUGUCAACCAGAUGGUUGAUGAGCUCAUAGAUUAUGGGCAUGGGGAUGCAGCCACAAUCGCUGAAUGGAAGGAUGGAGUGAACGAGGCCUGGGCGGAUCUGCUGGAGCUGAUGGAGACACGGGGACAGAUGCUCGCUGCUUCACACCAGUUACACAAGUUCUUCUCUGACUGCCGAGAGGUUUUAGCACAGAUUGAGGAUAAGCAGCGGAGGUUACCUGAGGUUCGCGCAUGUCAAGGAGGCACUUCAAAUACCAGCACUCUGCAGAGACUUAUGCAGACUUUUGAACAUGAUAUUCAGCUACUUGUUACGCAGAUAAGACAGUUGCAGGAAAGUGCAGCCCAGCUCCGAACAGUUUAUGCCGGGGAGAAAGCAGAAGCCAUUGCCAUGCAGGAACAUGAAGUGAUGCAGGCGUGGAAAGAGCUGCUCGUAUCCUGUGAGGACUGCCGAAUGCAAAUCACCACAGCGACAGACAAGUUACGCUUCUUUGGGAUGGUGCGUGAUCAGCUGAUGUGGAUGGACAGCAUCAUCUGUCAGAUAGGAACUGGGGAGAAACCAAGGUAGGACACAUGCUGGGUUGGCCCAUGCAUUCUUCCCAAGGACGUGUCAUCUGUGGAGGUCCUGAUGAACUAUCACCAGAGCCUCAAGAGUGAGGUGGAAGCUCGAAACAAGAGCGUGCUACAGUGUAUCGAGAUGGGCAAGACUCUACUGGCUGCCCGUAACCCUGCAUCAGAAGAGAUCAAAGAAAAGCUGGAAAAAGUUUUGGCCAAGCAGCAAGAGCUCACUGAGAAAUGGGACAAACACUGGGAAGAGUUGCAGCACAUGUUGGAGGUGCAUCAGUUUGCUCAGGAAGCAGUGGUAGCAGAGGCCUGGCUCACUGCUCAGGAACCCUUCCUAAGUAGUAAUGAACUGGGUGGCAGUGUGGAUGAGGUUGAGCAGCUGAUUCGCAGACACGAAGCCUUUCGCAAAGCUGCGGCCACAUGGGAAGAACGCUUCAGCUCUUUACGCCGUCUUACCACAGUAGAGAAGAUAAAGGCAGAGCAGAGCAAGCUUCCCCCAACUCCCUUGCUGGGACGGAAGGUUUUCUUGGACCCUCAGGACUCUUCUCCUGCUCGCAGUAGCCCUUCCUCCAUCAUUAGACAGACCAUAUAUGAGCAGGGCGAGUCCCGUGUGGAGCGCAUCACCCCUCAGCCCUCUCCCUCUUCCGUGGCCCGAAGACUGGGUUCUACUGUGGCCAACUACUCUCCCAUCAUGAAUGGAGCUGCUACUUAUCGCCUUCAGGAAGCCAGGAAUGCUGGGAUUGUUGGAGUGGCUGCAGGACUGGGCACUUCUAUGGAUCAUAAGGUCACCCAAUUGCGAGCGGAAUUCAAGGCCCAAGUCCCACAGCAGAAGAUCGAACACAUCCAUGAGGCAGUCCACCCCCUACUGGAGAGAGACAGGGAGCGGGAGCGGUAUCAUGAGAACGUAAUGGCAGAGGUGGUGCUCCAGGAGCCAGGCGGAGGAAGGGAACGCCUAAACAGCAUGGUGGGAGGGAGCGGAAGCAGUCGCUCAGAGCUGUUGGUGGAGCAGCAUCCCCCUCCAAGGGAGUCGCGGUUGGAAAGACAACUAUCCACCGAGCAGCUGAUUCAGGCACGCAGGGACGAGCUGCCUCAGGAGGUGUGGAGAGAACGAGCUGGGAGGGCAGAGAGGAGGCUGGAGAGACAGACAUCUAGUGAACAGGAAGGUCAUGAGGUGCGGCGGAGGGACAGACACCGACUGGAGAGACAGGACAGCAGCGAGCAGGAGGCCAAGGAGCAGUCGGACAGACGCUCUGGUGGCGGAAUUGGGACUUGGCCCAUGCAUUCUUCCCAAGUAACUCUCUCUCCUCUCACUGUCAGCUCUUUCCUCAGAGCUCUAAUGGGAUAUGGGCUCUCUGGUGCUUGCAGGGACGUGUCAUCUGUGGAGGUCCUGAUGAACUAUCACCAGAGCCUCAAGAGUGAGGUGGAAGCUCGAAACAAGAGCGUGCUACAGUGUAUCGAGAUGGGCAAGACUCUACUGGCUGCCCGUAACCCUGCAUCAGAAGAGAUCAAAGAAAAGCUGGAAAAAGUUUUGGCCAAGCAGCAAGAGCUCACUGAGAAAUGGGACAAACACUGGGAAGAGUUGCAGCACAUGUUGGAGGUGCAUCAGUUUGCUCAGGAAGCAGUGGUAGCAGAGGCCUGGCUCACUGCUCAGGAACCCUUCCUAAGUAGUAAUGAACUGGGUGGCAGUGUGGAUGAGGUUGAGCAGCUGAUUCGCAGACACGAAGCCUUUCGCAAAGCUGCGGCCACAUGGGAAGAACGCUUCAGCUCUUUACGCCGUCUUACCACAGUAGAGAAGAUAAAGGCAGAGCAGAGCAAGCUUCCCCCAACUCCCUUGCUGGGACGGAAGGUUUUCUUGGACCCUCAGGACUCUUCUCCUGCUCGCAGUAGCCCUUCCUCCAUCAUUAGACAGACCAUAUAUGAGCAGGGCGAGUCCCGUGUGGAGCGCAUCACCCCUCAGCCCUCUCCCUCUUCCGUGGCCCGAAGACUGGGUUCUACUGUGGCCAACUACUCUCCCAUCAUGAAUGGAGCUGCUACUUAUCGCCUUCAGGAAGCCAGGAAUGCUGGGAUUGUUGGAGUGGCUGCAGGACUGGGCACUUCUAUGGAUCAUAAGGUCACCCAAUUGCGAGCGGAAUUCAAGGCCCAAGUCCCACAGCAGAAGAUCGAACACAUCCAUGAGGCAGUCCACCCCCUACUGGAGAGAGACAGGGAGCGGGAGCGGUAUCAUGAGAACGUAAUGGCAGAGGUGGUGCUCCAGGAGCCAGGCGGAGGAAGGGAACGCCUAAACAGCAUGGUGGGAGGGAGCGGAAGCAGUCGCUCAGAGCUGUUGGUGGAGCAGCAUCCCCCUCCAAGGGAGUCGCGGUUGGAAAGACAACUAUCCACCGAGCAGCUGAUUCAGGCACGCAGGGACGAGCUGCCUCAGGAGGUGUGGAGAGAACGAGCUGGGAGGGCAGAGAGGAGGCUGGAGAGACAGACAUCUAGUGAACAGGAAGGUCAUGAGGUGCGGCGGAGGGACAGACACCGACUGGAGAGACAGGACAGCAGCGAGCAGGAGGCCAAGGAGCAGUCGGACAGACGCUCUGGUGGCGGGGACAAAAGGUCGACGCUAGCUGAGAUUGUGGAGCAGCUUCAGGAAAGAGAAGCAGCACAGGCCCGAGGAGAGCUUCCACGUCUACCCAAUGGUUUUCCUGAGAAGACUUCUAGACUGGACCGGCCACGUGCUCGUGACAGACCCAAACCGAGAAGAAGACCCCGACCCAAGGAGCCAGCUGGCGAAACACGGCGCUCAAGGUCUGCGCCAGCCCAGAGCAGCCCACCAGUACCCCAGCCGCCUACCCACAUGGCCCAGCGUGAAGGGUUCCUCUUCCGCAAAAUAGACAUUGAGGGCCAAAAGAAGAGUUCGAACAGGUGGGACUUUGUGGUCUAAAAAUUAGGGGCACAUGGCAUGGAAUUAGCAUGAAAACGGCUAAACCAAAU